ACUUGGAGUAGCUCUCCUCCGUGCGAGGCUUACUGUUCUGGGUCUUGGGUGAUGACUACAGCACGGACAGAUCGAGUCUAGCUCUACAAGCAAUCUGGCACGCACAAACAAACAGAUGCACAAGAACAGACAUUGGAUGCCACGAAUGAACCAUGGCAGGUGCAGUUUCUUUUCUUGGAUGAAGCUGGAUAAUGCAUACGAGUUGAAAGAAGAAUGGAUUUAUCAUCUGCUUGAAUUUAUCCUUCUUAAAUAUUGAUCAGGAGGAUUGAUCAGAAUUCACCUCUGACUGUGUUAUUAGGCUUGCCAGCUGGGAGUUUUCUCCUAAAAAAAAACUGGCUUUGAAAGUUUAUCUGUUUCUUUGCCUUGAACUGAUCAAAAAGAAAACAACAACAACAACAACAACAACAACAUUUGAGAGUCAAUGUUUACAUGUGUGAAGAACUCCAGAAGAAAGGAUUGACAGUACAGUGCCUGGAUUACCCUUCUGACUGCUUAGUGAACCUUACUGAAAGCACAGCGGAGGACGUCAAGGUAUGUCAGGGGACUGCAUUCUUCUACUUUAAAGAAUCAAAGAUCCGGACCGGUGUUACAAGCUGAUCGGAUACAAGCACCGAAGGGACAGGAGAGGAACCACCCUUCACAGUCAGGGUCAAAAGGAUUGGCACAAGAAUGCUGACGCCAGGUGCCCAGGGUCAGGAUGGCAUUGUGUUGGCAGAGAGCAGCGGUUGUUAGAUGGUUCCUCUUGAUGCUCCUGUGGCAUUGGGCACCUCUGGGCCCACUGAGCUGGUUCCUGGCUCUGGCUGAGCGUCUGGACCAGAAAACAUCACCUUUCUCUUCUAUAUCAGGCCGGACCAGCGGCCAGUUGGACUGGCUUCUGUCUGAUAAAGGGCCAUUCCAUCGCUGUCCAGAAUACACUGAGUUUAAAGAGCGUUUCCAACAAGGCUUCUCCACACGCUAUAAAAUCUACAGGGAGUUUAGUCACUGGAAAGUGAACAGCUUGGUCACAGAGAAGAGAGACUUCCUCAAAGCUCCACUGCCUUUGGCGCCUGAAUUUUUACGCAACCUCAGGCUUCUGGGGAGAAGGCCGAGCCUCCAACAGAUCCACGAAAACCUGAUCAAGAAAUAUGGCACUCAUUUCUUGGUAUCAGCCACACUGGGAGGAGAGGAGUCGCUCACAAUUUUCUUGGACAAACAGAAGCUGAGUAAAAAGUCGGAUGCCAGUGGCAACAGCUCAGCGGUCUCCCUGGAGAUCCUGCACCAGUUAGCGGCGUCGUACUUCACGGACAGAGAGAGCACCCUGCGGCGACUGCACCACCUGCAGAUCGCCACAUCUGCCAUCAAGGUAACGGAGACUAGGACGGGUCCGCUCGGAUGCAGUAACUACGACAGUCUGGAUUCCGUCAGCUCCGUCUUAGUGCACAGCCCGGAAAAUAAAAUCCACCUCAAAGGUCUGCAGGAUGUUCUUCCUGAGUUCCUCCGAAAUCGUUUCGUGGAGGCGGCCCUCAGUUACGUGGCGUGUAAUUCUGAGGGCGAGCUGCUGUGUCGCAACAAUGACUGCUGGUGCCACUGCUCUGCAAAGUUCCCAGACUGUAACUGCCCCUUCGCGGAUAUCAAAGCCAUGGAGGAGAGUCUCAGAAAGAGCAAGGAGUCCUGGAGCAACCUUAAUGAUGACUUUAUGGAGUCAGACGAGUUCAAGGCCUUUCUCAAGAAACUGCCGACGGAUCAUUUUUUAAACACAUCCGCUAUCUUCAAGUUGUGGACGUCAGAUCUGGUCCUGCAGAGACGUUAUGGUCUGCUGGAGACCAGCACUAAAGUGGUUCUGGGAAAAGCCAUCAAGAUUGUGCGCAAGCUUUUUGCUCUCAGCAAGCGCUGUCCCACACAGCCAAAGAUCAGCCUGCCUAGAGAAAGGUCCCUGGGCUUUUGGCUGAACAAAGCCCAGUCUCUGUUGUACUGCAGCGAGCAUGGUGUGCACGGCACCUUCUCUGAGCAACUGCAGGGCUGCAUCUGUGCUGCGGAUCAACGCAAUGUCUGCCAGGGCACCGUGCCCUGUAGGGUUGGAGAGGGGACCCUGUGCUUGUCCUGUGCCCCAGACAACAUCACCCGCUGCGGUACAUGCCUCCCAGGCAGCAUCCUCCAUAUGGGCACCUGUCGCCCCAACAUUGCCAACUCUUUGGACCACUACGUCAACUUUGACUUUGACAUGCCGGACGCAGAGAUGCGCUACCUCCUCCAAAGGUUGGACAGCCGUAUGGAGGUCCACGCCAUCUACAUCAGCAACGACGUGCGUUUGGGCAGCUGGUUCAACCCAGCGUGGAGAAAACGCAUGCUGCUCACCCUCAAGAGCAACAAGAACAAGUCCAACCUCAUCCAUAUGUUGAUGGGGAUCUCUUUCCAGAUCUGUUCCACCAAGAACAGUACGCUGGAACCCGUGCCUGCCAUCUACGUCAACCCCUUCGGGGGCAGUCACUCCGAAAGCUGGUUCAUGCCUGUCAACCAGCCGGACUUUACAGACUGGGAAAGAACUAAACUGGACGCCUCGCUCCAGUGCUAUAACUGGACCCUCAGUCUCGGCAGCAAGUGGAAGUCCUUCUUUGAGACGGUGCACAUUUACCUGCGCAGUCGCAUCAUCACAGACGAUCCCACCGUCAAUGAGACCCUUUUUUAUGAGCCACUGGACCUGGAUGACCAGUCGGCUAACCUGGGCUACAUGAAAAUCAACAGCCUAAAGGUCUUUGGCUACAGCAUGCACUUCGAUCCAGAGGGAAUAAAGGACCUGAUCCUGCAGUUGGACUAUCCGUACACGCAGGGCUCGCAAGAUGCGGCCUUCCUGAUGCUUUUGGAGAUGAGGGACCGCAUCAACAGGCUCUCUCCUCCGGGAGCCCAACCGCUGGACCUCUUCUCCUGCCUGUUGAGGCACAGGCUCAAGCUGUCGUCCAGCGAGGCUGCACGCAUACGGGACGCACUGCAGAGUUUCAACGCCAGACUCCCCAAUUCAUCCGAGCCUGAACUCGGACAGCUGUGCAGCUAGUUUAAAUGAACCUCUGUUGCUCUUAUUUUUGUUUUGCCUGUGUGUAAGAAUGUAUUUGUUAUUGCAACGAGAGACAGAAAAAAAUAUGUCAUUGUGUGUAAAUGUUCAUGGAUGAGAGUAUCUUUGAACCAUACUCUUUUGGAAGCUGGUUUUAACAAACAGGAUUUUCAAUUGACCAGGAGCAUACUUUUUCGAAGCUGUCGUUUUGGCAGAAUAUGGAUCUAGCCUACGAUCAAAUCUACUCGCUGUCUUUACGUAGGGUUUGCUUUGAUAGAAAGGGGAUUUAACUUAAGGGGACCGCCUACUAGAUGAGCCUGAUCAAACAUGGAAAGAGAAGUAAGAGAGAAUACACACCUACAUUUUCUUAGCACACAUGUGCUGAUGCUGUAGAGAUUUUUUUUUUGUCAAUGUUACGAAUGCAGAGAAUCAAUGAUAAGGAUUAAAAUCGGAUGUAAAGUUUUGGAGCAAGAAUUCCUCUCUGCUUUUCUAUUUUAUCUGCAGUCGCAAAUCCUGUAUUGUGAGAUCUGUAUAUCUGUGUUUAAUGUUGGAUUGGAUUGCCAGAAUGUCGGACAGCAAUUCCUUUGUAUUCAGAGAUAUGGCUAAACCAAAAGGUAAACAUGAAAGCAAAGUGGAAAAUUCUUUACUGUUUUUUUAAUGUUCAUCUCUUUUCAGGAGGUAACCUUAAAGUAACACUCACAAUAUCAUUUCGAAAAGGUUCGUGGACGGCUUUGUAAAUAUUGCUCCAUCUCAUUCAGGACGUGAAAGGCUUCACAUCGCUUCUUGGAUAUAUAUAUAUAAAUAUAUAUACAAAUAAACACCCGCAUUUGUACUUUUUUUUAAAGUGCAAGACCAAAAAAAAUAUACUUCAACACAAAACAAUUGCCUUAUGAAGUGAAGUCUUUUUUCUGAUAUCAAAGCACACUUGGCUGUAUCUCUUUCUCUCUCUCUUUCUCUCUUUAAAAAAGAAAACGUGUUCUCUCUUUUUGAGCUUUUCUGUUAGUUCUUAUUAUUUUUCCUCUAUAUUAAAUUCUCAUUUCAAUUACAGUGACCUCUAAUCUGUAAAUGUUCAUUUUUAAUUAAAGUAUUAUAUGAGGAGUGCA